AAUGCAAACAAAACGCCAUUUGGAACCAAAACAAAACACCACCGUUGUCGUUAUAUUUAGCUGAACAGGCUAUGUGUUUAGCGAAGGUUGCAUUUUUGGCGGUGUUUUCUGAAGACAAAGAAUUUAAUUUACGAUUUAGGUGUUUGUGGAUGUAACGUGUUGGAAUGUUCAGAACUCUGUCCUGCAGUGGGACAGGAUAAUGGCAGACCCUGCACGGAUCAAAGUCGACGAGACCACACCUGAAACUACAACCACGUCUUGUAACGAAGAGUGCAUAAAACCAGAGGAAACUGAAGACGCACCCAACAUAGUAAAAUCUCCGACUGAGUCUAAAGAGUCGACUGCUCAGGUUCAGGCCAAACAAGAGGAGAAGGCAGAAAUAGCAGCUGCAGAAGAUGAGGAAGAAGGAACCUCUGACCAACCUCCUUCUAAAAGAAUGAAGGUUGAACCAGAGAAGAAAAAGGAGAAACGCCACAAGGUUGAUGAGGAUGAAAUACAAAAAAUGCAAGUUCUGGUGUCUUCCUUCUCUGAAGAACAACUGAAUCGCUAUGAAAUGUACAGACGUUCUGCCUUCCCUAAGGCUGCUAUUAAGAGGCUGAUCCAGUCCAUAACAGGAUCAUCAGUGUCCCAGAAUGUAGUGAUUGCUAUGUCUGGUAUUGCCAAAGUCUUUGCUGGGGAAAUUGUCGAGGAAGCAUUGGAUGUCUGUGAGAAAUGGGGAGACACGCCACCUCUUCAGCCCAAGCACAUGAGGGAAGCAGUGAGGAGGUUGAAGAGCAGAGAUCAGAUUCCCAGCACCAAGUACAAGAAAAUUGUCUUUCACUGAGUCACAUUUUUCCAAUCACAUGGACAAACAGUGGUAAAUAAUUGGUGCCACCCCAUGCAGAAAAACAUAUCAGGAACACACUGCUGCCAUGUGGCCAGCUAGGCUGAUUUAAUCUGUCAAUGGACUUCAAGCCCGGUGUUAAUAAAUUAUCUGUUCCAUGUAGACAUUUGUGACAUCAGGGCCCUUGUCCAGUUUUUUUUUUCCCUUUCCAGUUGCUACAAAUGAGAAUGGAGUGUACAUGGCCACCUAGAGAAAAGACACAGCACUUUACAUCUGUCAGAGCCCUCCACUUUUUUUCUUUUUUUUGUGGCUGCUUUGAGCGCUUCAAGUUGAAAACCUCAGUUCACUGGUAUCAUAAUGAAAGCGCCUUGUCAGGCAACUAAUCAAAUGUGGCAAAUCUUGCCACCCUGAAAACCAAAAAAAUGGAAGAAGUUUAUUUUUACUGGCUUUGCCUGCUGAUAUCACACAAAAUGCAUCAUAAAAAAAAAUGAGAUUAGACUAAUUGUUUCUGCUAAGGGCGAGUGCUUUUAUCAACGUAUGCAGAAGUCAUCGGUUUUCCAGAAAAAAACGCUUGAGUGCUUUCAUUUAAGAAAGUACUGGGUUCCUGAAAGAGCGCUGGAAUGAAGGGCUUCUUUGCACCCUCUGUGCUUCUACUUGAAACCCCAAACUUGUAAAUACUUGACAAAGUUGUGAAACUUGUAUUAUGGCUGUAAAUACAGUUGUUUUAUGCGAGAU